AUGGUGGUACUUGAAGACGGAGCAAUGAUGACGACUAACCCCAAUCAAUAUUUACAGCCAGAUUAUUUAACACCGCUUCCUUCCUCUUUGGACUCCAAAAAAAGCCCGCUUGCGCUUUUGGCGCAAACUUGCAGCCAAAUCGGUGCAGACACUUUACCGACAAAGCCUCUGCUGCCUCCACACGAUAAGAAGAAAUCAGUGAACAGUGUUAACAGUGAUACAAUGAGCCGUUCUUCACCUAGUGCUAGUAAACCAGAUAAACCGCGCUCUACUCCUGAAACUAAACAUUUAGCUUUUAAGCCUUAUGAAACCAAUGUUGUGACGAAGAAACCUGAGGAAUCCCGACCACCAUCUAAAGCUAGUUCUGAUAGUUCAGACGAUAAAAAAUCUGAAAAAAGUACGCCUGGUAGAAAAUCCACUCCGCCUACGGCGGAUAAUGGAAAGAGUAGCCCAUCCAAUGAUCAUAAAUCAUCAUCAGCUGGGUCUUCUGGUACAAGUCCUAUUAUCCGAUCUGGAUUAGAAGUACUAGGACAUGGAAAGGAUCACCUAGGCGCUUUUAAAAACAUACCUGGAUUACCGGGAUUCAAUCCGCUAGCUGGCUUGUGUUGUCCACCUGGAAUGGAACAACAUGCGAAUCCCGCAUUUCGUCCUCCAUAUGCAGGGGCUCCAUUAAGCGCACAUCACGCUGCAAUUUUAGCGGCCGCCGCUGGUUUCCCAGGAGCGUCUCCUAAUCCUUACUUAGGAUAUGCAAGAGUCAAAACACCGGCGGGCGGUGAAACUUUGGUACCAGUUUGCAAAGAUCCUUACUGUUCCGGAUGUCAAUUCUCAGUUAAUAACCAUCACAUUCUAAUGAAUAAUGGAGCCUGCCCCGCCGGAUGCACACAAUGUGAACAUCAAAAAUAUAAUUUGGCUAUGGCAAUGGCGCUCUCUCAGCAAGGCGCUGGAAGCCUCCCUUACUCUCAAAUGAGCCGUCCUUACGUUUGCAAUUGGAUUGUUGGCGAAUCAUACUGCGGUAAACGUUUUGGGAAUUCAGAAGAACUCUUGCAACACUUGAGGUCGCACACGACAGAUGGGUCUACCCCAACUUCAUCCUCGUCACAGCAAUCGCUGUUAAGCCCAUUAAACCCUUUGUUUACUACCGCCGGACUUCGCAGCGCUUAUCCGACGGCACCUUUGAGCCCUCUCUCAGCAAGUAGAUAUCACCCUUACUCCAAAGCUUUGCCGGCCAGCCUAGGUGCUUCCCCUUACGGUGCUUUCAAUCCGGCCCUGGGACCUUUUUAUUCGCCUUACGCUAUGUACGGCCAACGGAUCGGGGCCGCUGCAGUGCACCAG